AUGAAGUUUUAGAAGUUUCUAUAGUAUAAAUCAAGUGUCCCUCUCUUUAAGUAAUAAAUAAAAAGUGAAAUUGUGUUGUGUGUGUCAUUCCGUGAUAGGUUUUUGUUCAUGGUGCCGAAACCCGAGAUGGACUUUGGACUCGUGAGUUAAUGCAAAAGACUUAGAAUAUUUAUUCAUUAGUGACAAUUGGACUUGUAAAAUUUUAUAGUAAUUAGUAUGGACUUAGAAUAAUUUCAACCAAUCUUGGACAUAGAAUAAUUUCAACAAAUCUUGAACUAAUUAAAAAAAGUGUUGUAAAUUAAAAUAAUUAAAACAUUAGUGAUUUGAAAUAAUAGACUUUACGUAAUUUUAAAUUGAAAUAAUGGCUUUUAACAUAAUAAAAAAUCAAGAGGAUUUACAUUCAAGGCUACAAAAGGCGCAUUCAAAUUAUAAGAAAAGUCCAAGAGUGAGAAUAACAAAAGCAUAUGUCCAAACACGUAUAAAUACUUUAGAUGAGUUGCUGAAGGAAUUUAUGGAUAAUCAUAAGCAUUUAAUACAAAUAGUGGUUCCAGAGCAAGUAAAGUCGUUUCCGUAUUUUGAAGAAGACAUUUGUGAUUCGUUCCAAGAAAUAUAUACUGAAUAUAUGACAGAUUUAAAAGAAAAGUUAGAACAGUUUGAGAGUUCAACAUGUAGGGAAAAUCAAGCAAAGGCUCAUUCUGUAGAUGUUAUAAAAUUACCACGGAUACAACUACCCUCAUUUUCUGGAAAAUAUAGUGAAUGGCAGACAUUUUAUGAUUUGUUCUGUUCUGUUAUUCAUAAUAAUGAAAAGUUAUCGCCUGCGCAGAAAUUGCAUUAUUUAAAAAGUAGUAUAGUAGGAGAACCCUUAAACUUAAUAGGAAAUUAUUCGACUACAGAUCUCAACUAUGAAGAAGCGUGGAAUCAAUUAGUAAAAAGAUAUAACAACAAAAGAUAUAAUAGUAAUGCAAUUCUUAAGACUUUAUUUUCACAGAAAACAAUUAGUGAAUCAUCAUCAGCAAUUAAACAAUUAUUAGAUACAACAACUUCUUGUUUAAAGGCUUUGGAUAAUAUGGGCAUAUCUACGGCUUCUUGGGAUUCUAUUGUAAUUUAUUUGACAGUCUCGAAAAUAGACUUAGAAACACAUAAACAGUGGGAAAAUCACAUAAAUAAUUUGUCAGAUGAUUUGCCAACAUGGUCGCAAUUUGUUGAGUUUCUUGAGGGAAGAUUUAGGAGUCUAGAGAUGGUUGAGACUGGAAAACAAUUACCUAAACCUAGUUUUCAAGUGAAAAAACAUGUUCCUAAAACGUUUCACGCGGCAGUUCAAGAGAAUAAUAAAAGAACGGAAUUUAGUUGUCCUUUAUGCGGAGAAAGUCAUUAUAUUAAUUUAUGUAAGCAAUUUAGACUUCGUACUGUUCAACAAAGAAGAGAUUUUGCUCUGUCGAAAGGACUUUGUUACAAUUGCUUACAAACGACUCACGUAGUAAAUAAAUGUCGACAAUCGACAUGUUGUAAGAAAUGUGGCAGAAGACAUAAUACUUUGCUGCAUUUUGAGAGGGAAGGAAGUGACACACACAUUAAUAAUGUAUUGGAGGAAGUUCAAAAUGGAGAAGAGAAUCCAGUGCCAAGUACAUCGAUUGUAGCAAAUUUUGCAAAACGUCAAGGGCACAAUCAACAAGUGCUUCUGGCGACAGCUGUCGUCAAGGCGAGGUCCAGGAGUGGAAAUAGGAGUAUAUUGCGGGUUUUGUUAGAUCAAGGCUCGCAAGCUUCGUUUAUCACAGAAGCGGCUGCUCAAUUGUUAAAUUUAAAAAAAUUAUCUGUUAAUAGUAAUGUUUCAGGUCUGGGAGAUGGUCAAAUGCAUGUAAAAUAUUUAGUUAUAUUGUAUUUAGAAUCUCGCCAUAAUCCAGAAUGUUUAAUUCGAGUUAAUGCUUACGUGUUACGGUCACUCACUGAUAUGCUGCCUUGUGACAGAAUUGAUUUACCUGAUUGGAAGGAACUUUCUACGUUAGAAUUAGCUGAUCCAGGUUAUACUAUACCAGGUAAAAUAGAUUUAUUGGUAGGAGCUGAGGUAUACUCAGAUAUAUUGUUAGAUGGCCUAAUAAAACAACCCAAAGGAAAACUUAUCGCACAAAAUACGGCCUUUGGUUGGGUUUUAUCGGGAAAAAUGUCUGAUACUUAUUCCACAGCUAACAUUACGAGUUUACAUUUGCAAGUCAAACAGGAAGAUGAUUAUCUAAAACGUUUUUGGGAGAUAGAGGCUGAACCAGAUAGGAUUCAGAAGAGACUUUCUGUGGAAGAGCAAAUGUGUGAAACACUUUAUGAGGCUACGACUACUAGAAAUGAGAAUGGAAGGUUCAUUGUUACAUUACCAUUUAAAAAUAAGGAUCCAGAAUGUCAGUAUGGACAAUCUAUGGAUAUUGCAAUGAAAAGAUUGGUGUCGUUAGAAAGAAGAUUAUCUAAUAAUUUUUGGUUCCGUGAAGGGUAUACAAAAGUGAUUGAAGAAUAUUUGACACUUGGCCACAUGUCUCGAGUUGCAGAAGAUGAUGUGGAUAACAGUACUACAGUGUAUCUUCCUCACCAUGCAGUGGUGAGAGAAGAUAAGGAAACCACUCAAGUGCGCGUGGUUUUCAAUGCAUCUAGUAAGGGUAUGAAUGAUGUUUCGCUAAAUGACGAUCUUUUGGUUGGACCGAAAAUCCAGCAAGAUUUAAGACAUAUUUUAAUGAGGUGGCGAACUCAUCAAAUUAGUAUUGUUGCUGAUUUAGUUAAGAUGUAUAGACAAGUAUUAAUUAAUUCUGCGCAAACUAAUUUUCAGCGGAUUUUAUGGAGGCCACAUCCAGACAUGCCUGUGGAACAUUAUAAGUUACUUACGCUAACAUUUGGAACAGCUUGUGCUCCGUACCUAGCUGUAAAGACUUUACAACGAUUGGCAGAUGAAGAGAAGAGGAAGUUUCCAGUGGCAGCGUCUAUUACAAAUACUGAUUUUUACGUUGAUGAUCUGUAUGGAAGGACGGAUUCAACAAUAGUUUUGGCGUGGCUUAAAGGUGGACCAAGUAAAUGGAUGACUUUCGUUAGUAAUCGUGUCUCAGAAAUACUUUCUAUUAUGAAAUACUCUCAGUGGGGUCAUGUUUCAUCUGAAACAAACCCAGCUGAUUGCGCGUCAAGAGGUCUGAGUCCGUUUGAGUUACUGUCUCACACUCUAUGGUGGGAAGGUCCACAAUGGUUAAGAAACACGAAUAUUCAAAUUGAAGAUUUAGAAAUUGGUGAUACAAAUGAAGAAGAAAAAAUAGUUUCAAUGAAUAUCAUAGAAAGGAAUGAAAAUUUUGAAUGGAUUAAAUUUUCUAAUUUAGUAAAAAUGUUGAGAGUAAUAUCAUAUUGUCGAAGAUUUGUAAUGAGAAAAGAAGAUCGAAAAACACUAGAAGUCUACAUAAAGCAAGUGCAAGAAUUUGCAUUUGGCGAAGAAAUAACAGUUAUAGCAAAUGGAAAAGAAGUACCUAAAAAGAGCGUGUUACGCACUCUUUGUCCCAUUUUAGACAAAAAUGGGAUUUUAAGGGUAGGCGGUCGAAUAAGCAUGGCCAACGAAAGCUAUGAUGCAAGACAUCCCAUUAUUAUACCUGCUAAGUCUCACCUUACUAAUUUAGUAAUUUCAGAUGCACACGAAAAGACUUUGCAUGGCGGUCCUCAAAUAAUGCUAAACUUUCUUCGUUCAAAGUAUUGGAUUGUACGAGUUCGAGAUCAGGUUAAGAAGUAUUAUCGGAAAUGUAUUACCUGUUUAAGGCAUUCUAAAGCAGCGAGAGUACAGCUUAUGGGCCAACUUCCUGAUGCACGACUUAAGCCGAGUAAACCAUUUUUAGCAACCGGCGUUGAUUAUGCAGGUCCAUAUCAUAUAAAAUUUUCUCCAGGACGAGGAGCUAAGACCUACAAGAGUUAUAUUUGUCUCUUCGUAUGUAUGGUAACACGAGCUAUACAUAUUGAAUUAGUCACCGACUUGACUUCUAAGGCUUUUAUUGCAGCUUUUCGAAGAUUUAUCGCUAGGCGUGGUUAUUGUCGAGAUCUGUAUAGCGACAAUGGCACAAAUUUUGUUGGUGCCAAUAAACAAUUGAGAGACAUGUUUGAUCGGUCUAAAUCAAACAUACCUGAUGAGAUUGCAAAAUUACUCACAUCUGAAUUAACAACGUGGCAUUUUAUUCCACCUCAAGCACCAAAUUUUGGAGGCAUUUGGGAAGCCGGAGUGCGAUCUGUUAAAACACAUUUGAACAAGGCAAUAGGUGAUAAUUUAAUGACAUAUGAAGAACUGGUUACUGUUCUAUCACAGGUUGAGGCUUGCUUAAAUUCAAGACCGAUUUCAUUGCUUAGUGACGUAGCAGAUGACCCUCUCCCAUUAACCCCAGGUCAUUUUUUGAUUGGUGAACCUCUUGUAAAUAUUGUUGAUGACACAUCAGUUAUUAAUUUUAAUGUAAAUCUUAAAGAAAGAUGGAAUGUCAUGCAGAAAAUUGUUGUAAAAUUUUGGAAAAAAAUGGUCUAAAGAAUAUUUGUUAACUUUAAGUCAAAGAUAUAAGUGGAAUUCGAAACUUGAAGACCCUUGUAUAAAUGAUAUUUGUAUUGUUAGGGAAGAAAACUUGCCACCGUGUAAAUGGUUAUUAGGUAAAAUUGUAGAAAAACAUACUGGUCCUGAUAAUAUCACUAGAGUGAUAACCAUAAAAUGUAAGAAUGGCCUUAUAAAGAGACCUUUAAGUAAAAUAAGUAUACUUCA